GGUGCCGGGAGUGCGCGGUGUGCGGGGCUAGUGGCUCCGAACGGCCCCUUUUCCUGCAGCCGGCACUGCGCUCUGGGUCUGCAGCGUGCUCCUACGGGCCCUGGGGAGCUGCAGCUGUGGGCUGCGGAUCUUGGACCUGUCCUAAAUCAUUAAUGUGCCCCCCACGUGCCCUUCCUCCAGUGCCAAGUGGAAACCAGGAUGACAUUCCACUCAGUCGUCAAAAAAGAAAGCCCAAAGGAAAGACUCCUUUAGAUGACAUUGUCCAAGCAACUGUUCGUCGGCAGUCUGAAAGCAGUGAGCCCCUAACUCCUGAACCUCAGGAUGUCCCUCCUCAGCGGAAACGCAAGAAGAAGAAAGUACCUCCUGAUUCUGAGACCUCCUUUACCCAGCAGAACAUUGCAUCCUUAUUUCAGAAUGCAAAUGGCGUGGAUGUUCCUGAAGCUGAAGAAACAGUGGUCCGCAAACAGAGAAAAAGAACCAAGAAGGCUCGGCCGGCAGAAACACACUGUUCUAAUGAGCUGGAGGUGGAGGAGGAUGACAUAAUUGAAGAUGAACACAGAAGGAGCCCAGAUCAGCAGCCUGUGUUUGCUGCUCCCACUGGAAUUAGCCAGCCUGUCAGCAAGGUGUUUGUUGAAAAAAAUCGGCGCUUUCAAGCAGCUGACCGUGCAGAAUUGAUUAAAACCACUGAAAAUAUCAACGUGCUUUUGGAUGUGAAGUCGUCUUGGACCACCAGAGAUGUUGCCCUCUCAGUGCACCGAAGUUUCAGGGUAAUCGGACUCUUUACCCAUGGCUUUCUUGCUGGCUAUGCUGUAUGGAACAUCGUUGUUAUCUACAUUUUGGCAGGAAAUCAGCUUACCAUGGUUUCUAACCUGCUUCAGCAGUAUAAGAUGCUAGCCUACCCUGCCCAAAGUUUGUUCUACUUGUUGCUAUCUAUCAGUACAGUCUCAGCCUUUGAUAGGAUUGAUUUGGCAAAAGCAUCAGUUGCACUGAGGGGUUUUCUUACCCUAGACCCAGCGGCAUUGGCUUCAUUCUUGUACUUCACUGCUCUUAUCUUAUCCUUAAGUCAGCAGAUGACAUGUGACAGAAUUAACCUCUACACACCGCCUUCAGAAAAUGGCAGCAUCUGGACUGCAGGUAUGGAGGAAGAAAUUAUUCAGCCAUGGAUUGUGGUGAAUCUGGUAGUGUCUAUUCUAGUUGGGGCAAGUUGGAUCUUCUUGUCUUACCGACCAGAGCUAGACCACAGUGAAGAACUGAUGUUUCAUACUGAAAUUGAGGAAUUUCCUCAGGGAGUUAUCAUACCCAGAGUCCAGCCGUAGAGUGGAAUGUGCACCUUGUAGCUGUAACUGAUGGCUCAAAGCUUUCUGUAUUUUAACCAUGUAUUAUAAGUUUCAUAAAGGAGAAAAAAAAAAAAAAAGUAUUUUUAUAUUGUAUAUAUUUCAUGGAUCUUUUAUGUAUGCUAAUUUUUAAUUAUUCAAAUGUGACUGAAAUAUUUUAUAUAUCUUAUUUUGUUUUGUAAAGUAGAUUAUCCCUAAUACGUAAAGUUAAGUUACUUCUGUGAACAUUGCUGCCUAGACAGCAAAUGGGUGAAUGCUGAAGAUCUGCUAUUCAGUGCUUUUUUGGGAGCAGUGCUAUAUUGUCAUCAUCAAUCUAUGUUUUGUUACUGAUGCUGUUAGCAGUUGAGAUAUAUCCUUUUUCUAAGAUAUUCCAUAGGGAUGAAAACAAAUCUUAAGAAAGCAGGUUAAGUGAAUAAAUGCAGAUGUCUUGCAGGAUGAAACAAUCUCCUUAGCAGACAUAGGCAAGAGGUAGUCUGGAAUCCAUUUCUCAUGCAAGUAUCACACAAGACUAGUUUUAAAUUUUAUUUAAUAUAUAUUGAGUUUUGCGUUAUUUUAUUUAAUGUAUCUGAGGGUGGUUUUAAAAAGUGUGCAGUGUCGAAGUUCCCUGGAGGCUACUGUGUUUUAUAAAAGUGGUGGUGAGUUUAGCCAGAUGAAAGAGUGGAAGGGAGAUGUUAAAGAGCCAGUAAGUUUUUAUACUGUUGCCUAAGUUGCUUUAAAACAAGAAUAGGAACAUGAAUAACUAGGACAGCUUCUGCUCUGUCAAGAACUUGAGUUCUAGUGUGCUUAUUUAGCAAAUUUAAGUAAUUACGUAAUUCUAGAGAGGGGAGAAAAAAAAAGUUCUACUGGAAUUGAAAGAUUUUCUGUAACUGCUGGCUCUAUUUUAGGGCAUUCACUUGUUUGUGGAAAGGAACUGUUUAACUUUUUUGUCAAUUAUUAUGAUGUGUAUGUAUUCUUGUAAAACUGUGGAGCUCUAUUACAGCUGGUGCUGCAUUGUACAUUAUAACAAGGAGAUUCAGGAUGCUGCUCCCCAUCAGUGUUACUUUGGAGGUCCUUGUGAUUUGCUGUAGGAGAUGGGAGAUGAGGCCACUACUUAGUAUUCCCCCAUAGGUUUCUACGCAGUAAUUUUCUUGCAAAGUGGGAAAUGUACUUCACAGAUUCUUCAAGCGUUGUGUGUUUGGUUUACAGAAUUGCUGAGCUCCUGAAGAUGAGAUUAGUAAUGGAUUCUAUUUGCUAUUUCAUGCUUCUGUUAUCUUGGCAUGUGAUAAAAAGUAUAACUUCUCUCGUAAGGUAUGGAGCUCAAACACAACAGUGUGAAGGCAUCCAGUCAGUAUAGAGAAACAUGAAGAACAUCACUGCUUGGUUUCAUUUCUGAAAUUAUUCCUAGGAAUUGGCCUUCUAAGUAUCCCACAAACAAAGCAAUGCUAGCCAGGAGCCAGAUUUUGCUUUCAUUGUGAGGUGGUUGAGCAGUGCUUAAGUUUUUUGACUUAAUGGCAUCAGUAGUUCAAGCCAGACUUGCCUUCCUAGUUUGUACCUUUUUUGGAGGACCUGGGUAUAAACCUAGAUGAAUGAAAGAGGUUUGAGGUUUGCCAUUUAAUCACAGUUAGAUAAACAAUUUCAUGGCUUAUUACCUCUUUUACAAGGUAGUUUUCAUUCUGUUAAGCCUCACAAUGGAAUUUAACUGCUUUUUUAUGUGUGUGUGUAUUUAGUUACUUGGAAAACUUUAGAACAUCUUAAAGUUUACAGAAUAGAUGUUUAAUUGCAGAACAUGCAGUAUAUGUAGAAGCCUUAAUUGAAAUAAAUGCCUUUGUGCAUUUCCAUUACCAUUGUUUUUGAAACAGUUUUGUGUUGAAGAAAAAAUUGCAGAGAAGUUAGUGCCAAUUUUUUGUUUUUAAGUGUCUGAAACGAGUGAGGAAGUGAUCUGAAUGAGUAUUAGCUUGUACUGCUUUGUACUGUUUCCAAAUGUUUAGUUUGUUUAAAAUAAAUCAGUCUAAUUUGUUUCUUUCUCAG